CUCUCUCUCUCUCUCUCUCUCUCUCUCUCUCUCUCUCUGCGAUGGCUUCUAGAGAACACCCUUCACCAAUUCAGGAACACGGACGCGAAGGAGAGGACGGCUUCGACUACUAUGGGGACGACGUCUCGCCGAGCGGGUGCAGCUGCUUCUGCCUCAAGUGGUGGCGGGGCGGCGGUGGGGCACACCCUUACAUGCAGCGCCAGCACGGUGGCAAUGACGGUGGCGAGUCCUGGACGAUGAGCCGGUUCAAGAAAGUGAGGGAGUUCACGGAACUCGUGGCGGGGCCGAAGUGGAAGAACUUCAUCAGGAAGGUUGGCGGGUACUGGAGAUCGGAUAGGAAGAGGAAUCCCCAGGGCAAGUUCGGAUAUGAUGCGGAGAGCUACGCUCUCAAUUUCGAUGGAGGAGGCGGAGAGGAAGAUGGCUUGUUGAUGCAGGGCUUCUCCGCUAGGUUCGUGGGCAGCUUCAGGAAUGAUCAGGAGAAACAAGCUGGAACCGCACUGUCAUGAAAAAUCAAAGAGAUUUCGUUUGUAGUUUUUUAGCUUUUGCUUUUGGAUUGGCCAUUCUUUGCUUUUUUCUAUUACAAAAUUUUGGUUUCUGUGGACGCCUUCCAUUAUUGCCAUUAAUUUAUCGGAUAUCCAUACUUUUCAUUGUCUAA